ACUUGGGUGACGUUUGGAUCUCAGAUCACAGAUGAGAUGGCAGAAAAUCUCAUGACAAUUGCCUACGAACACGGGGUCAAUCUGUUCGAUACUGCGGAGGUGUAUGCAGCAGGGAGGGCAGAGAGGACUUUGGGGAAAUAUCCUUAAAAAGAAAGAGUGGAGGCGUUCCAGUUAUGUAGUAACAACCAAAAUCUACUGGGGGAGGACAGGCAGAGACUGAGAGGGGCCUUUCUCGGAAACAUAUCAUUGAAGGUCUCCGGGGGUCCCUGGAACGGCUGCAGUUGGAAUACGUCGAUAUCGUCUUCGCAAAUCGAAUGGAUGCAAACAGCCCCAUGGAAGAAAUCGUCCGAGCCAUGACAUUUGUGAUCAACCAAGGGAUGGCGAUGUACUGGGGGACGUCCCGCUGGAGUGCGAUGGAAAUCAUGGAAGCGUACUCCGUGGCCCGUCAGUUCAAUCUCAUCCCUCCGGUGUGUGAACAAGCCGAAUAUCACCUGUUUCAGCGGGAAAAGGUGGAGACUCAAAUGCCGGAGCUGUAUCAUAAAAUAGGCGUGGGCUCCAUGACGUGGUCUCCUCUGGCCUGCGGUCUGAUCACCGGAAAAUAUUGCGACACCAUCCCCGAAAAAUCCAGAGCUUCAUUCAAGGGGUAUCACUGGCUGAAGGAAAAAGCUGGGAGUGAAGAAGGCAAGAAGCAGCACUCCAAGGUGAAAGACCUCCAUCCCAUCGCCGAGCGUCUGAAGUGCACGGUCACCCAGCUGGCCAUCGCGUGGUGCCUGCGCAGCGAGGGAGUCAGUUCUGUGUUGCUGGGCGUCUCCAAUUGUGACCAGUUAAUGGAGAAUCUGGGAUCCAUACAGGUUCUGACCCAUCUGACUCCACAGGUCGUAACUGAGAUUGACCAAAUUCUCGGCAACAAACCCAACAUAAAGAAAGACUCUCGUGCGUGA